AUGAAACGAUUCACCCCGUUACAUGAUGGACUCGUAGCAAGCACGCAUCAGCGGAAGCAGGACGUGGAUGGACCUGACGUGGCUGGGUUGUUGGCACCACCUGUGUCGUUACUGGACAUACGGCAGAUGGCGUCAAGUCCAGAAGCUUUACUGAGCCCGUCGGCGUCAACGGCGUUGCCGUGCCCGUCACCAGUCAAAUUGGUGGACUUUGGCAACUACUUGGGUGCAAACGAGCUAGCGGCGUAUGCUGACGCGGACGCUCGUGGCGGCUUUGACGUGCAGACCGUCACGUAUCGUGCUCCAGAAGUGGCAGCAGGUCUCUUGCUCUGCUCGGCCAUGGACAUGUGGUCGCUCGGGUGCCUCCUCUUGGAAUGCGUGUCAGGGAAACCGCUGUUCACACCGCCACCUCUCGAGACGUCGGUGCAAGAGCGGGCAGACGUCGUCAAGGUUGAGAACGCCCAUCUCUUGAAGCAGAUUGAGCGCAUCUUGACAAACGGAGUCCAGCUGUAA